CGUUUCAGUUUCUGUGGUGGGUUGUCAGGUAUUGAAGUUGUGUACAUUUUUUCAAUUAAAUAGUUUGAGUUUAUAUUAAGUUUUGAGUGAAAUCUAGUAUAGUGUAAAAUAGCAAGUUCUUUGACAGUUUUGAUGUUUAAAUCAUUUUGUAGGUUAUUAUUUGUUACAUACCACGGCACAUCAGUUAACAGUCGUAAUGUUAUAUUUUGAAAGGAUUGUAUUGGUCAAAUGUUAGAUGGUUUAGCUGGUCGCCAUAUAUCAUAAGACCAGACUGGUCUGAUUAUUGACUAAUAAAUAAGUCAUUUUGUUUCAAGAAAUAAUUUAGAUUUUAGUAAUGGACGAAGAGAUGAAGUAUGCUGAUAGCUUUUUUCCUUUUGUCUUUCAGGCGUAGUCCCAUGUCAAUCUUUAUUAAGUAUUAUACAUUUUUCAAAUAAUAAUGGUAAACUACAAUUUUUUUUUUUUUUAUGAAAUUAUAUACUUAUUAAUUGGAAAUAAUUUUCAAGGAUAUUCUAAAAUUUUUAAUAUCUGUGGCCUAUAAUAAAUGAUGGUUAUCAAGAUAUGGAAACUUGUUUGAUAUUCUAUUUUUUUUUUUUCAUAAAAAAUUGGCUAUCUAUUGUUAUUAUCUACAACGUUCGUUUGUCAAUCAUUAUUAUGCCAGUUGAUGUUAGUCUCAUCACAAUCAACUACAGAAAUAGUUUCAUGUUAUUAUUAUCCUUAAAACGUACCAAUCGCCGAAUACACAAGCUUAGUCUAUUAUUACUACAAUUGUACAUUUCUAUGGUUCAAUCUUUCUACAGAAUUGGAAUUGGCAUUGCAGAUAUCACUGGACCACCAACUGGUGUUACAUUUAUGGGAUAUGGCCAAUCGGAACAAAUUGGAAUGGGAAUUCAUCUACGACAGUUUUCUAGAGCUUUUGUGAUAGAAGACGGAAGUUCAAGAAUAACAUUUGUCUGUAUCGAUGCAGCUAUGGUUAGUGACAAUGUUAAAUUGGCGGUAUUAACAAAUCUCAAAGGAAAAUUGCCUGCAUUCUAUAAUGAAGAUAAUUUAAUGAUUUCGUCUACACAUACACAUUCAACACCAGGUGGCCAUAUGCUAUACACACUUUUUGACUUGAGUACUCAGGGUUAUGUACCACUAACAUUUAUAUCAUUAGUAAAAGGCAUUACAUUGAGUAUAAUUAGAGCUCAUGAGAAAAUGGGAUACGGUCGAAUGUUUUUAAGCAGAAGUGAACUUUUAGGUAUCUCAAUUAAUAGAAGUCCACAAUCAUAUUUAUUAAAUCCAGAAAACGAACGUGCAGAGUAUGAAUACGAUGUUGAUAAGACUAUGGUACAAGUUAAAUUCGAAAACGAGUUCGGCACACCUAUGGGAGUUAUUAAUUGGUAUGCUGUACAUGCCACUAGCAUGAAUAACACAAACAAAUUAAUAUCAUCAGAUAAUCUAGGGUAUGCUUCAGUGAUGUUUGAGCAGAAAAUGAAUCCAGAAAAUUUGAUUGGGAAAGGACAAUUUGUUGCUGCUUUUGCUUCAGCAAAUGAAGGUGAUUCUUCACCCAAUGUAAAGGGUCCUCGAUGUCAAAAGACUGGAAAACCAUGCGAUAUACCUGGGCCAUCUUGUGGACAAGAUGAACAAUGCAUUGCCUCAGGACCAGGUAGAAAUAUGAAAGAAAGCACAAAAAUUAUAGCUGAACGUUUAUUUGAAAAAGCAUUUGAGCUAAUGAAAAACAAACCUGAGUUUGAAAUAACGGGACCAAUCAAAUCAAUUCAUCAGUAUAUAAACAUGACUAAGGAAAAAGUUGAGUACAAUGACACAUAUACAGGAGAAUUAAUACAAGGCAGAGGUUGCAAACCAGCUUUGGGCCAUACGUUUUCAUCUGGCACAACUGAUGGGCCUGGAUUGUUUUCUUUUAAAGCUGGUUCAAAUAAUACAAAAAAUUUUCUCUGGAACUUAGUGACUAAUGUUAUACCUAAACCUAGCAAAGAACAAGUUGAAUGUCAUACUAAUAAAUCUAUAUUGUUAUCAACGGGGGAGUUUAAUUACCCCGCCCCGUGGUCUCCAAACAUAGUAUCAACUCAGUUGGCCAUGAUUGGACAAUUGAUUAUAAUUUGCGUUCCCGGCGAAUUCACAACUAUGUCGGGAAGACGACUAAGGAAAGUAGUGACCGAAGAGUUGUGUAAUAGCCGAUUGUGUGUUCCAGUAAUUGCUGGUCUCUGUAACACUUACAGUGAUUAUGUUACUACUCCAGAAGAAUAUCGAUUACAGCGGUAUGAAGGAGCAUCUACUAUAUACGGUCCACAUACAUUGCCUAUUUACCUAAAGCAAUAUGCUAAACUUUCUAAUGCAUUGUCGAACAAUAAUUUACUUAAACGAGGACCUGAAGUACCUGAUUUUUCGUCAAAGGCUAUGUCAUUUAUAGGGCGAAUUUGGUAUGACGCUCCAAUAACUGGACAUAGUUUUGGCGAUUGUAUACUACAACCACCACAUCUGGCUUCUUGGGGAGACACUGUUAAAGCUAAAUUCGUUGCCGGUAAUCCAAGAAAUAAUCCCAUGUUGGAAAUGACAUUUUUAACGAUUGAGCGUUUGGAAUCAGAUUCAAAGUGGGAAAUAGUUGCUACAGAUGCAAAUUGGGAAACAGAAUUUACUUGGGAAACGACGUCUUGGAUAUGGGCAACAAGUGUAGCUGAAAUUAAAUGGAAUAUACCUAAAAAUACAAAACCUGGUAUUUACAGGAUACGACAUUUUGGAUAUUUUAAAUAUUACAGUGGAAAUAAAUUAGGAAAAUAUUAUGGAAACUCAGAUGCAUUUAGAGUUACUGAAAAAUAAUGCAUAGUUAAAUAUUUCAACACUUCAAUGUUACUAUAGCGUGUUAAGUAAAUUCACUUUUGAUUGUGUUAUGUUCAUUUUUUAAUAAUAAAUAAAUCUUUGAAUAAAAAAUAAAAAUUAUCA